AUUUUGUGGCGCUGCUCGGUCGGUGGCGCUGGGCUCGCGCGGGGAGCGGGGCCCGGGCGGCGAUUAGCUCCUUUCUAACCCUUUUUCCGUACAGAUUCCUCGUCUAGAACUGGGACAGUGAAAACAUUUCUCUAUCUUUGGUGGGGUGAAUGCGUUUGAGAUCAACCAGUUGCAGACUCAGAAGAGGGAGGAGGGAAAAGAAAACACCAGUGAAGAGAACAAAUAGAUCCUGUCUGAGCUAUUGAUGAUAGCAAGCCAGUGGCUUCAGGGGAAUAAAAACAGCGGUGUUGAUAUUACAAAAUGACAAAACAUCCACCGAAUAGAAGAGGGAUCAACUUUGAGGUGGGAGCCCAGUUGGAAGCCCGUGACAGAUUAAAAAACUGGUAUCCAGCUCAUAUUGAAGAAAUUGACUAUGAAGAAGGAAAAGUGCUUAUCCAUUUCAAACGCUGGAACCACCGAUAUGAUGAAUGGUUUUGUUGGGACAGUCCUUAUCUGCGUCCCUUAGAGAAAAUACAGCUACGGAAAGAGGGGUUACAUGAGGAAGAUGGAUGUGGUGGAUUUCGUAUAAACGAUCAGGUAUUGGCUUGCUGGUCUGAUUGUCGUUUUUAUCCCGCCAAAGUCACUUCUGUUAACAAGGAUGGUACUUACACUGUGAAAUUUUAUGAUGGAGUAGUUCAGACUGUCAAAAAUAUUCACGUCAAAGCUUUUUCCAAAGAUCAGAAUAUUGUGGGUAAUGCUAGGCCUAAAGAGAGAGGUAAUGAAAUCCCUUCAUCUCCUGAAAAACGGGAGAAGUUUAAAGAACAGAGGAAAGCAACAGAGAAUGCUAAGAAGGACAAGGAUGAAAAGGUAUUAAAGACAGAAAAAAGAUCAAAACAACCUGAUAAAGAAGGAAAAAUAAUAGUCAUCUCAGAAAAAGGCAAAGUCUCUGAAAAAAAUAUACCUAAGAAUGGGAAAGAAGACAAAGAGAAUAUAUCAGAACAUGAUAUGGAAUAUUCAGUAGAUACUCAAAUUGAGAGGAAAUCUGAAAAUGACAAUGUGAAGAGUCCACCAGAAAACCUAAAGGAAACUAAAAGAAAACGUGGUAGACCACCUAUAACACCCCCAACAGAGCAAAGUUCUCAAACAUUGCAGCCAAUAACAUUGGAAUUAAGAAGGCGGAAAAUACCUAAAGGAGGGGAAGUCCCAUCAAAACGCACCAGGGUUGAAAAAAACUUGUCUCAGGAAAAGUUGAAAAACUCUCCAGGCAUCAAUGAAAGAGACCAAAUUAGGAGACGAUCCUCAAGGCUGUCAUCCAGUGGUAGUCCUGAGAUAAUAAAUACAGAUAUUGUUACAACAACUUUCGCUGAAAUUGGACCUUCGAAAGAUCCAGUAUCUAGUCCAAAGGAACCAGAGGACCUUCAGUUAGAAAUUCCUGUUGAGUCUGACCAAAACUCCUGUGAACAAGCACAUCAAUCUUCUGGAGAUGUAUCACAGACCACACUGCUUGAUGUGAACAGCAGUUUAAAGGAAGAAAAAGUUGAUGACCGUGAGCUCUCCUUUACAUCUACUGAAACCCAAGAGCCUUCUGUUACAGUAACAAAAACUUUUAAGAGAACAGAUGAUUUUAUUGCUUCAAAAGCUGCGACUAUUGACCAAGAUCACAAGUUUAGAUGCAAGCUCUUGGACUGUUCAAAAUCAUUCCGCAAAGCGAAGUUGCUACAUUAUCAUAUGAAAUAUUUUCAUGGAGUGGAGAAAGCACCAGAACCACAGCAGAGUCCAGUACAAAGAAAUAUUCAAACAAGAGGUUUUUUGGCUUCUGAAAAAGCCAAACGAAGUUUAAACAGAAGGCGGACUACGUCUGGUUCAUUGUAUGCUCCUCUUCACAUAGCCCUAAGGACUACACCACAUAGAGAUGAGAAAAUAGAAAAGAGAAGAACUUCAGCUCCUUCCUCAGUAAAUUCAUUAAAGGCUCACCGACCUUCCCUUAGAGAGCAAAGCAAAGAGAACCAUAUAGACAGAUCACAUGAGAAACAUCAAGAAAGGGAAAGAACUGAAAAUGCUGUUAAUGACAAAGAGAAGAAUAAAGAGAAGAAAUCCAAAGACGCUGUAAGGUCAAAGUCGAAGAAGAAGAAAAAGAAAUUUAAGUCUGAAUACCCUGGCAGUGAAGAAAACAUUGACAUUUCCCAGGAGCUUUCCCCCCCAAAAUCACUCAUCACCACGAGAUAUAAUUCUUCAAAUAGAUCUUAUCCCCACCUAAGUACACCGUUACAUGUCUCUGAUUCUGGGCAUCAUAGAGACAGAGUGAAAGUAAAUGAGGAAGAUACCUUGAGUGAGUCAUCUACAGAUAGUUUGCUUUGGAGUGAUGAUGACUGCAGUCAGGACAUUGACGUAACCACUAACCCCGAUGAGGAAUUCGAUGAAGAAGACAGUGACUUUGGGAUUGUUCGAUGCAUUUGUGAAGUGGAAGAAGAAAAUGACUUUAUGAUUCAGUGUGAAGAGUGUCUGUGCUGGCAGCAUGGAGUCUGUAUGGGUUUACUGGAAGAUAAUGUACCUGAGAAAUAUACCUGCUAUAUUUGCCAAGAUCCUCCAGGUCAGAGAUCCAGCUUAAAAUACUGGUAUGAGAAGGAGUGGUUAAGUAAUGGUCACAUGCAUGGCUUAGCGUUUCUGGAAGAAAAUUAUUCCCACCAGAAUGCCAAGAAGAUUGUAGCCACUCACCAGCUUCUUGGGGAUGUGCAGAAAGUGAUAGAAGUACUGCAUGGACUGCAGCUGAAGAUGAGCAUUCUACAAAAUAAAGAGCAUCCAGACUUAAAACUUUGGUGUCAUCCUUGGAAGCAUUUUACAGUGGAUGAAAAAAUUCAUACGAAACACAUCAUUCAUAUUGAAGAAAACUGCUGCAAAGAAGAGACCGUAAGUUACAGAACUUUCAAUGGGACAGCUGAGAAACCUUCAACCAUUCCUUCUAUGGAGGAAUCCUAUAUUACCAGUGAACACUGUUACCAGAAACCUCGGGCCUACUACCCUGCUAUAGAGCAGAGACUAGUUGUGGAAACCAGAGGUUCAGCCAUGGACGAUGGAGUGAACAGAAUAAGGGAGAAUGGAGAUGAUGCCCUGUCAGAGAGAUUUGGAUGGAAUCUGGACAGAGAAUUAUACAAGUUGGAGAAUGAGUCCAAGCAUAAUUACUCUAAGGUAAGAGAAUGUGUGUCUAAGAAAAUCCCUUCAGAGGAAACUAUUGAAAUGAAACUGCUGGAAAAAGAAAAGGAAGGAGUUGUGAACUCACAGCUGCAGUGGCAACUUAACCUUCUAGCCCAUGUUGAAUCUCUACAAGAUGAAGUUACACACAGGAUGGAUUUCAUUGAGAAGGAACUGGAUGUUUUAGAGAGUUGGUUGGAUUACACAGGAGAGCUGGAACCACCAGAACCACUAGCUAGACUUCCACAACUCAAACAUUGUAUAAAACAGCUUAUUACGGACCUAGGCAAGGUGCAACAAAUUGCUCUUUGCUGCUCAACAUGAGACUAGAGAGCUCUUGAAAUUGCUGUUGAAUAUGAACGCGGAGUGUUUGAUACAAACAGCUCUAUAUAUUUAAAUGAAAUUAGCAUGCUGAUUGCAUGUGAUGCAGACUGACUUCAGGGAUUGUGGAGAAGUAUGACUGUUCUGAAAGCAGUAACAAGGUUAUCCUUAUCUUUUGAUCUUUUGGGAUUUACUAGGCAAUUUUAACAAUAUGGAAGGGGAUUUUACUCUUGUAUUCAAGGGUAGGAGCAGGCUGACAAAUUAUACUCUUAGAUUUUCAUUCCUUACAACAAGUUGUUGAAUGAAAUAAACUUUUUGCAUAAUUAAACUGACUUAAAAUUGUGCCACUGAAGAUAAGAGUUCUAAGAGCCAAAAAUGUUUAGUUGACGAAGGUUGUAAAUUAUGUUCUACAGAGUUUAUUUAAGUGACUUGUAUACCAGGUCGGGUCAUGCUUUAUUCCUACUGGUUUAUGCACAGCACAGUAUUUAAUCAAUAGGCAAUGUUAUAACAAUUUUCAAGCAUAGCAAAUAUGAAUGUCCAUCUUUAAUUGUAAACUCUUACAUGGAGGUUUUCAAGUAAUACUGGCCUAAAACCCCACUUCUGUUGAUUUAAAUAGAGGUAGCAGGUGGUCACAGUUGCGUUGCACUUAGUUCCAUAGUAAAUGAUUGUUUUCCAUAUUUAUCAUGUCACUAUCACAUGAUUCUACGGUACUGGGGAAGUCCAUUUACAUUGUGCUUCUUGUGCAUUCUUGAACUUUUAAAUUUGGCCGUACUGUGCCUCCUUGAACUAGUGCUACUGGUUCACCUUUGUGACAGUACACAGUGCUAUGUCUAAAAGAUGGGAGAUGUACCAGAAGUUCCAAACUUAAGGUGUGUAGUUUUCUGCCCAUUUGUUAAUUUCCAUUCCUGUUAUAUUUUGAAAUGUAGACUUUUUUUCAAUACUCUAAACAUGCACAUUGUAAAGACUUAUUAUGAAUGUGUGGUUUUGGGAAUCAGUUUAUUUUAUGUUUGUUUAAAUGAAGCCUCAAAAGCUAUGCAUGAGGUACUGUCCUCACAGUGAGGUAUUAUGUUAAAUAGUAUAUGUUCUCAGUCUCUUUUUAUACUUUGUUUUAAUUUUCUAGUUUGUAUUAUUUUGUGAGAUCAAGAUGAAAAUGCUGCUUAAGUUGAAGAUACAUUAUAUAGUACCUUUUGAAAUGUUAGUGUAUUGUAUUUGGUAUGUUACAAGCCUUUUACGUGCGGCUCAUAUCUCCAUAAAUAAUGGUUGUGAUUUUUUUUUCUUCCCAAAUAUUGAUGAGUGUAACUUCACCGUGGAAAAGGGUAAAUUGUUUUUGCGUUGAGAGGGUGUCCUGAAAAAGCAGGAUUUUUCUGUUAUCUUGAUCUUUCUUAUAGUUCUAUUUGUGAUGGUACCACCAAAGGGUUAAAAUUAAAGCACAGUUGUAAUCAAAAGACCCAGAAGUGUACAAAUUGUUAAUUAUGGAUAUAUGAAUCUGUAAAGUUUAUAUGCUGCAAAGAAUAAUGAUUUACUAUGUAAACUUGAAAUAUCCACUAUCAUCAUAGGAAUAACAAUAUCUACAAUGAAUAUUUUGAUCAGUUUAGUUCCUUCAGAAAAUGGAAUAACUAGGCUACUCAAUGUAGUAGUUAAGGCUUUUAUGCCAAGACUCAUUUCAGGGAAUAAUUUAUGUCUCACCAUUUUAUGGCACUAGUUGGUAUAUAAUGAAUUUGACAUAUGUACAGCAGGAGAAUAAACUUAUUUUGCUGUAACACAGUUGGAAUAAAGCUUACAUGAUCUUAAAUGUCACUUUGCUUUCUAAAGGUAAAAACAAGUGGUUAAAUGAUGUCAUUCCUCUUAAUGACAUCUGAAUUAUGAGUAACACGCUGUGCAGUUCUAUAUCAGACAGCAGUAACCAAAUGAUAAGGCGGCUAUCCAAACAAGGGUUUUAAACAACAGCUGUGAAGUUUUUAUCAGAUUACUGUUUUACCAGUAAAUUAUUCCCUGUUUGAAAUCUGUAUAAUGAGCACUCAGACUGGAAAAUAAUUAAAUAUAAGUACAUUCACAAAUCAACUUCGUUACAGUUUAAAGCAAUGGAGUACUUAAUCCCCAAGUUUGAGUUUUCUCUCCAGAAAUGGAAAUUUUCACUUUGCAAGUAACUGGUUUUGGAGUGUUCAUUUUAAGUUUGCUUUGCCAGUUUAUUUUUUCUCAUGGCAAAGAAAAUUCCACUUGGUAAAUAGCAAUACUGAAGGUUUUGUUUUCCGUUAACAGAAUGAUUAUACAAUAGGGAACCCCUUGCUGAUGAAACAGAUCUGGAUGACUGAAAAUAUUUAUUUGAAAUAGGUUAGUGCUUUUCACGUUCAGGAAAGGUUCUGUAUUGUACUCUGCCUGAAUUGUUUUGUCCCUAUUUUUAUAAGUUUCCACAUUUGUAGCUCUCCUUAUUCUUGACCAACACUAUUUUGGUCUGGCAAAUCACUUUUUGUUGUUUCUUUAAAUCACUGGUAAGUGAAUGCAACAUGGAGCCUUGAUAAAAUGAGCAAACAUUGCACUGUGGAUACAUAAGUAUAUAUGUCUUUGUUUAUGCACUAUUAGAACUGAGGGCGUUGUAUAUAGAAUUUUGCUUUGGAGCAAUAUUUGCAAAACUUGAAAACUUCUGUAUCUUGGUGUUUGGAAUAAAUAAAUAGGUUUUUGUUGGUUAA